UCGCAUUAACAUAUAUAGUAAUAAUAUUAUUCCUAACGAAUAUUCAUACAUUUUUAUUAUCCGUGUUAUUUAAUAUUUACACGGUAUAAUACUUAUUAUCUAAUAUAUAUAUAUAUAUAUAUAUAUAUAUAUAUAUUUGUUAUUGUCGCUGUUAAUUACAAUUUGAAUAUAACCCAAUAUUCCAGUCUGCAGUCACAACUCGUUGCAUUAGCCUGUUGUGUUGUGUACCGUUCGUUGCUGUUCGAUUUACCAUAUUAUAGUUUUAACUUUGGCCAUUUUUUCAUUUUGUUUCCGUUAUUUAAAACAAACGACAAACAUUAAACAUGUUCGCGUCCUUCAAAGUCGACGAACAAUUGUUCAAAACGUAUGUGUUCUAUUCUGCCAUUUUGGUGUUGAAAGUUUUGGCCAUGGCAUUGCUGACGGCUAGACAUCGGUUUGCCAAGAAGAUAUUUAUGAAUCCCGAAGACAGACUGGACAGAACGUCCAAAGUAAAAUUUGACGAUCCCGAUAUCGAAAGAGUGCGAAGGGCACAUCUUAACGAUUUGGAAAAUAUUCCAUUUUUUAUCAUAGCCUGUUUCGGAUACAUAUUGACCAAUCCGAACGUGUUUUUGGCAACAAAUUUAAUCCGCCUGUUUGUCGGUGCCAGAAUUUUACAUACGAUUGUUUAUGCGGUAGUCGUUUUGCCGCAACCUUCCAGGGCUGUAGCGUGGUUCGCCGGUUACGGGACGACUAUUUACAUGGCCGUUCAGACCAUUUUAAGUUUUUUGUAAUAAUAAUAUAGUUGGUACUAUGGGUAGUGAUAAGUAGGUGUAUACAUUUUUACUAAAUAUUGUCUUAUCGAUUAAAAUAUUAUUUGUUCAGUUUAA